CUAAGGUACCUGUGCCGCCAAUGGUCCAUAACCACCAUUCUCACCAAGAACUACUGUAGUAUUCGCAUACAUCUUGGUGGUGGUUUUUCCCUGUCUUCCUCAACACCAUGGCUAAAGGAUGGUUGGUUUGGAUGAGCCUGCUGGCUUCGCUGGCCAUCGCUGAACAGCCAUCUGCCCCGAAGCCCAUCGCAGCACCUAUUAGACCUCUCCCAUGGGGCCAGCUGAAUUUCUUGCAGACGACGGAUACACAUGGAUGGCUAGCGGGACACUUACAGGAGCCUCAAUACUCGGCCGACUGGGGAGAUUAUAUAUCGUUUGCAGAACGAAUGCGGGAGAAAGCAGAUGCCAUAGGAGUAGAUCUCCUACUUGUCGAUACCGGCGAUCGAAUAGAAGGAAACGGGCUCUACGAUGCUUCAGAUCCCAAGGGAAAAUACACCUCCGACAUCUUUAAAGGGCAGGACAUCGAUAUUAUUUGUCCCGGAAACCACGAGUUAUACCAAAUCGCUUCUGGGGCUCGAGAGUACGACGUAACUGUGCCGAACUUCAAGGGGAAGUACAUAGCCUCGAACCUUGACUACAUAGACCCAAAGACCGGAGAGCAGGUUCCUAUGGCUCAACGGUAUCGAAAGUUCACGACCAAGAACCAAGGGAUUCGAGUCCUAGCAUUCGGAUUCUUGUUUGAUUUUACGGGCAAUGCGAACAAUACUGUGGUGCAACCAGUCGAGGAGACUAUUAAAGAGCAAUGGUUCCAGGAUGCAAUCAGGGAGAAGGUAGACCUAUUCGUUGUAGCCGGCCAUGUCACGCUCCCAGGGCGAGAAUACAAGGCCAUAUUCAGGGCAAUCAGGAGCCAGAAUUGGGAUACCCCAAUCCAGUUUUUUGGUGGUCAUAGCCACAUUCGAGACUUCCACAAAUAUGACUCCAAGGCAUAUGGCCUGCAAGCGGGUCGCUAUAUGGAGACUAUUGGAUGGAUGUCCAUUGAGGGAAUCAAGAAGAAAUCGGGAGAGAUCGAAGAGAGCCAGUCUAGUGCUGGAAUAUCAUUCGAGCGGAGAUACAUCGAUAACAACCUCUUUGGCUACCAUUAUCAUACCGGAUUAAACGCCACGACGUUCCCAACCGACCACGGGCUGAAUAUCUCCACCUCGAUAUACAAAGCGAGGCAAGCAUUAGACCUCGAUCACAACUUUGGCUGCGCACCAAAAGAUCUCUGGAUGAGCCGCGCGCCAUAUCCCAGCGAGGACAGUCUCUACACCUGGCUAGAGAACGAAGUUGUUCCCGAUGUCGUCGUCAAUCCGGAACGGAAAGAUGUCCCAACCCUAGCAAUUACCAACACUGGCGCCAUGCGCUUUGACAUCUUCAAAGGGGCCUUCACCCGCGACGCAACAUACAUCAUCUCUCCCUUCGUCAGCAAAUACCGCUAUAUCAAAGACGUGCCCUACGAAUCGGCAAAACGCGUCUUGACAAUAAUCAACAACGCCGGGCAAGUCCUCUCAACGCCCGAACUCGACUUCUCCCAACUCGCCCCUCCAGAACAACUCUCCAUCCGCACCUCCCCCUCCCCCUCGCCUCCCUCCUACCAACCAAACAACAACAACCUCCAAUCACCUCUCCUCUCAUCCCCCAACCACCCCCAUCUCCUCCCGGGCUACACCACCAAAGACGACGGCGGCGACGAAGGCGACGACACGCUACAUACGCCCAUAACCUUCUACCGCGUACCCAACGUGAUCCAGAGCGCGCUCUCGCUGCCCGCCGACCACGACCCAGACGUCGUCGAUCUCGUGUUUAUCGAUUUCAUCGAGCCGUGGGUGCUCGCGGCGCUGCGGUUCACGGGACAGGGUUAUGGCGCGUCGGAUGUCGCGGUGUAUAGGAAUGAGACGUUGACGGAGUUGAUGGCGAAGUGGAUUAUGAAGAAUUGGGGGAAGGAUUGUUAGGGUGUCGAUUGAUUUGAUUGAUUGCUUAUGGUAGAUAGAUAGUAAGGGCGGGGGG